AUGUGGGAAUCGGCGAAAUCGGACGGAAGGUUGGCUUUUUUUCUCUACUCCGCCUGCCGCCGAAAAGGCAGAGGCGUUUUUGCCUUCCGCCCGCCUUUGUGCGGCGCGGCGUACGUGUUUGUUUUGAUUCGACAGGUGGGGGGGGGGGGGGGGGCGGGGGGGGGGGCGGGGGGGGGGGGGGGGGGCGGCGCGGGGGGGGCGCGGACCACCGCUGCGCGCGCCGCGAUAUUCUGUAAUCUGGGGGCGCGCAAGUCUGCACCGAGGCCUUUGUUGCCGUGCAAAUUCAGC